GUCUACAGUAUUACAACAAUAGCGGCUUAAUGUACAUGCCCGUCAGACUGAACUUCUCCUUUUAAUGGGGAAUGGGGUGUGUAGCAAGCAAGAAGGUCGACGACACUGCUGAUCCCAAUUCAACUACAUCAUCCAGUGGUAACCCUUCUUCGAACUGUGGCCUUCCACGAGUCCCAACCAUCAUAGUUACAGUCCCUUCGAGAGAGAACCUACUGGCAGAGCCCCCUUCCAAAACUAUAGAAGAGGCAGCAAAGGAGGCCAGACCUACAAGGCAACCUAUAAGUGUUGGACGUGGACCUAUUACUCCCCAAUCUUCAUGACCUGUACGUUUUAAUAACAAGUAUGGAGACUGCCUCCACAGCCAGAGAGCCAAGAUCAGUGUAGUUGCCAUACACAGUAAGAAGCGGUAGUACCUCGAUGGAGACAUCAGCAGACGCGGAUCAGGAUCCGAUACGAUUGAAAUCAAUCAAAAAUGGCAAGGCAUUUACAGUUCCACAUAAAGAUAGGCUGGGGAACUGCAGAAGUGUGAAGGAGUUCGAGAAAUUUAAUCGGAUAGGUGAAGGAACAUAUGGGAUUGUGUAUAGAGCUCGUGACACAAAGACAGAUGAGAUCGUGGCUCUUAAAAAGGUGCGGAUGGACAAGGAGAAAGAUGGUAUACCAAUCAGCAGUUUGAGGGAGAUCACCCUGCUGCUUGAACUGAGGCAUCCCAAUAUAGUGGAACUCAAGGAGGUCGUGGUGGGUAACCAUUUAGAAAGCCUAUUUCUGGUCAUGGGUUACUGUGAGCAGGACCUGGCAAGUCUGCUGGAAAACAUGCAGUCUCCUUUCUCAGAGGCACAGGUGAAGUGCAUUAUCCUUCAGUUGCUCAAGGGACUGGCAUAUCUUCACCACAACUUCAUUCUCCACAGGGAUCUGAAGGUCUCCAAUCUACUCAUGACCGACAAAGGUUGUGUUAAGAUUGCUGACUUUGGUCUGGCACGGGUCUAUGGUGUUCCCCUCCAGCCUAUGACGCCUCGUGUAGUGACACUAUGGUACAGAGCUCCAGAGCUCCUCCUAGGCUCCAAGACUCAGACCACAGCCUUGGACAUGUGGGCAGUGGGUUGCAUCCUGGCCGAGCUUCUGGCCCAUAAGCCCUUGCUGCCGGGCGGCUCAGAGAUUCAGCAGUUGGACAUGAUCGUGCAGCUUCUAGGGACACCCAACGAGAAUAUCUGGCCGGGCUUUACCCGGCUGCCACUUGUUGGUCAGUACAGUCUGAGAAAGCAGCCGUACAACAACCUGAAGAACAAAUUCACCUGGCUCUCAGAGGCAGGCCUCCGUGUGCUCAACCUGCUAUUCAUGUACAACCCUCAGCGCAGGGCCUCUGCAAAAGACAGCUUGGAAAGCUCCUACUUCAAAGAAAAGCCUUUGCCAUGUGAGCCAGAGCUCAUGCCAACCUUUCCUCAUCAUCGCAACAAAAGGCAAGGCCCAGCUGCUGAGGGCCAAUCAAAACGCAGCAAAGUAUGACCUCAUUCAUCCCCUCAGCUCUAACAAAGAUGGAGCUAGAAAGGCUGGGAGUGAUGUAACAAGAGCAAGGAAAAUGAGACAUUCGCACAGUUAGCAGAAAGUGUGUAAGGUAACAAAACAAUGGCGGCUCAGUGAGGGCAAGGAUAGAUCUAUCUGCUAGCUAACUGUGAAUACAUUUCCAGCUGUACCACGGCAAAUCUGACAUAGCUGCAAUGUGAACAUGUGUGUAUAAACCACUAAAUAUCCACCUACGUUACAUACGGAAGACUACCCAUUUUAAUAUGGAAUCAACAAGUUUGUAUAGCUAGUCCUUCUGCAUUGUGAGUAGUGGGCAUCUGCCUGGUUUUACAUAUUUUGAACUUACUUAGGUGCCACCACCAUAAGUGUCCCUAGACUGGUAAGGGGCUGUUGACUGUGCCUUUGUGGCCAGGGGGGGCUAGCAAACAGUCUCAUUAGCACAGUCGCUUUUGGCUUAACAGCGUUUGUCUCCUAUUUGCUUUACCUGGAUAGUAGUAUGUCUAGAUGCAUGCAUUUACUAUCCUGCCUCUAAAAUGUAUUGAUAACUCAUGUGUAUCGAGUGUGGAGUGAAUGUGGACAGAUUUAUGUGUAUAGAGUUGUAGAUUUUGUGUACCUGAGGCCCUGACUGCCUCACAAUGCGAUCCUGGCGGGGAAAUAAUUUUUUAUGAAUUAAAGAGCCUUUUGGAAA